CAGUUCAAGUUUCAGACAACUCUGUUGCUCCAUCAACUUUUCUGUUGGAUCUUUAAUCUCCUCCUUCGGUCUUUCGUUGAAAGGUGUCGUGUCCUCCAUGUCUAAAAUCCACCCAGUUGAGAAUAAAUGCGAGGGCGUAGCAGGAAACGGCAGCUACCGGCGCCCUGAUCCAUGUCCGACCAAGUUGACGGUGUGGAAGAGAUCGAGCAUGAGCUUCCAAGGGACUGACGGGUUCACGGUCUUCGACGAGCAUGGGAGACUCGUCUUUCGCAUGGACAACUACUCGAGGAAAGGGUGUCGCUCCGCUGGGGGCGGGCUCGUCCUCAUGGAUGGAGCCGGCAAUGGUUUGAUGAGUUUGAGACCCCAGAUUCUGAGCAUGCAAUGCCAGUGGAAUGCAUACAGAGGAGAAGAUGAGUGCAAAGAGGGUCAAAACUUCAAGCUCUUUUCCAUGAGAAGAGCGUCAUCCUUCCUCCAUCGAAGAAAGGAGGAAGCAGAAGUCUUCGUUGAGGGAUCUAGGAUACCGGCAUUCACGGUCGAAGGGUCAUUUGGAAGCCGAAACUGUACGAUCAGGCGCUGCGGACGCCAAGAACUCGUGGCCAAGAUCACAAGGAAGAGAGCGAGCCCUACGGUUUUGCUCGGAACCGACGUGUUCAACUUGGUGGUGCAAGAUAGCUGCGAUAGCGACCUUGUCAUGGCCUUCGUAGUCAUAAUGGAUCGCAUUUGCUCCAAGUCCUUCGCUCCGGCUUUGUGCUCUUAAAUUAGAAUUGAAACCCUAGUUAGAACUGGCUGAGAUGUAUAAUAGAACCAAAUAGCUGAUGAAAAUAUUGUACAGUCAAAACAUGCUCAAAGUCUCAACAUUUCUCAACAUUGCAGGAAUAGGUACAGAAUUUGGGUUAAUGAGUUCUGACAUGAAAAUAGAUAGACAUGGAUGUAAACUCUGUCAAAAUGCAUUUUAUGAUCACAAGCUCAUCUACAAACUUGGUAUGAUUGACAAGGUUGGGUAGGCGAAAGUUUAUGCGGGGAUGC